AUGAGUACUGAAAAACCUUCGUGUGAGAGUAGCGUCCCGGGAGUGGACACGGACGUUCUGAUGCACGAGUUGGGGCAGUUCAAGCGCUUCCAUCUCAUAAAUUAUGUGCUUUUGGCUUUAGUGCCUUAUAUUCUUUCUCUAUAUGCGACAAAUUACGUUUUCUUAGCGGCAGACGUACCUUACAGAUGUGUAGUACCAGAAUGUGAAGCAAUCAACAGUACAGAGUAUAGUCCUAUUUGGCUCGAGGGUGCUCUGCCUGCGGAUAGUCGAGAACAGCGCUGUGCGAGCAAAGUACCCCUCGAUGCAAAGGUUCCCUGUGAUAAAGAUGGAUUCUCAGACGAGCUGCGUCCUUGCGAGCACUGGCUCUACGCCUCUAAAGACACUAUAGUGGCCGAGUUCAACCUGGCGUGUCAGGAGUGGAAGCGCACGCUGGUGGGCACCAUCCACAACAUCGGCAUGCUGGUCUCGCUGCCCAUACUCGGAUACAUAUCUGACAGAUGGGGCCGAAAGCGAGCUCUAAUUUUAAGUUGCACGUUACUGGGCGCCAUCGGUACUAUGAAGGCAUUUUCCAUUUCCUACGAAAUGUACGUUAUUGUGGAGUUUCUGGAGACAGUGGCCGGCGCUAGUGCCUUUCCAGCGGCUUAUAUUCUAACGAUCGAGCUUCUGGGACAGGACAAGAGAGUUCUAACAACAGCUUUCCUCGGCAUUAUGUUGGUGCUGGGUGGCCUGAGCUUCGCCCUACUCGCUAAAACAUUCCCUUACUGGCGUACCUUUAUCUUAGUCGCGUAUCCGCCCUCGUUACUUUUCCUGCUAUACAUAUAUUUCCUGCCAGAGAGUAUUCGCUGGCUCUUAUCCAAAGGACGUAAGGAAGAAGCUUUGGAAAUCAUUAUGAAAGCUUCGAAGAUGAAUAAGGUUACGUUGUCUGAUGAGACGAUGCGCCAGCUGACCAGUAUGGAGGAAAAGGUGAAGGUCGAUGAUAAGAAAAACCAAGAGGAAGAAGGUCUCUGGAUACAAGUGUUGCACUCCCCCAUAAUAAUGAAACGUCUCGCCAUCUGUUCAUGGUGGUGGAUCACUUGUACUUUCGUGUUCUAUGGGCUAGCUAUUAAUUCUGUUUCGUUGGCCGGAGAUAAAUACACUAAUUACAUGUUAGUAGUGAGCGUGGAGGUGAUAGCCGUCGUCACCAACGCCUUGGUGCUGGACCGCAUCGGCAGGAAGAGGACGCUGUUGAUCGCGUAUCUAGUGUGCGGGUUCUCCUGCGUCACUAUCGCAUUUGUGCCCAAGACAAUGCCCUGGUUAGCAACCCUUCUAUACCUGAUUGGCAAGAUUGCCAUCACGCAAGCCUUCAGCGGCAUCUACAUGUACACGUCGGAGCUGUUCCCGACGCACGCGCGGCACUCUCUGCUCGGCUUCUGCUCGAUGGUGGGACGGAUUGGAUCCAUCGUGGCCCCUCAGAUGCCGCUACUGGCGAUUUACAUCGACUGGUUGCCAUCGGUACUCUUCGGCGCAACCGCCCUCGUGGCCGGCGGCCUCAUGCUGACCACGCCCGAGACCCUCAACACUCGUCUCCCGGACACCAUACAGGAGGCGGAAUGCAUCGCAUCGCAACUAAAAAACAAAAAACCUGAUAAUCAGAUCAACGGGUCUGCACAAGCCACCUCUAAAUUU